AUGACCCAGGGAAAUAGCACCAUGGUGACAGAAUUCACCUUGCUGGGAUUUACUAUCCGCCAAGACCUGCAGUAUGUCCUGUUCCUUGUGUUUCUAUUUGUCUAUGUCACAUCUGUAGUGGGCAAUGUUGGUAUGAUUCUGAUCAUCAAGAUUGACCCCCACCUUCACACUCCCAUGUACUUUUUUCUCCAACACUUGGCUUUUGUUGACCUCUGUUACACCUCCGCCAUCACUCCAAAGAUGCUGCAAAACUUCCUGGUGUCCCACAAUUCUAUCUCAUUCUCGGGAUGUCUGAUCCAAUUGUUGGUUUAUGCUACAUUUGCUACCGCUGAUUGUUACCUUCUUGCGGCCAUGGCCAUAGACCAUUAUGUGGCCAUUUGUAACCCCCUGCACUACCCAGUGGUCAUGUCUCAGAGGGCCUGCAUCCAGCUCGUUGCUGGGUCUUAUGUUAUGGGAUCCCUGAAUGCCUCUAUCCAUACAGGUUUUACCUUUUCUCUGUUCUUUUGUAAUUCCAACACCAUCAAUCACUUUUUCUGUGAUGUGCCCCCACUCCUGGCCCUUUCCUGUUCCAGAAUUAAUAUCAAUGUCAUGCUGUUAAUUGUCUGUGUGGGUUUCAACCUGGUUAGCACUGUGAUGGUAGUGUUCUUCUCCUAUGUGUACAUCCUGGCUGCCAUCUUGAGGAUGCGCUCUGCCGCGGGGAGACACAAGGCCUUCUCCACUUGCGCCUCCCACCUGACGGCUGUCACGAUUUUCUAUGGGACUCUUUCUUACAUGUACUUACAGCCUUCUUCUAGUGAGUCCCAGGAGAAUGAUAAAGUAGUCUCUGUGUUUUACGGCAUCAUCAUCCCCAUGCUGAACCCCCUGAUCUAUAGCCUGAGGAAUAAGGAAGUCAAAGAGGCCCUGAAAGUGAUGGGUAAGACUUGCUUAACAUG